AUGCCGGCAGGCCAGGAAGGCGGAGGCGCUGGGGUUGCUGUCCGCACCGCCCUGGUGCUGAAAUGCCAACCGCCGCUCGCCCAGCAGAGCGCCUCUGGGUGGCAGCAGGAGAGCAGCCUGGAGCCUGGUUUCUCCGGGGACUUCAGAGGCUCCCAUCCCAACUGCUGCUCUUGGCCUGAAAGGCUUCAUCGGCUGCAGAGCAGGAGCUCCUCUGAGAAGCUGGGCAGGGGUCCAGUGCUGACCCCAGAGCAGUGUGGCUUCAUUCUCCAGGGGAAAGACAAGGAAGCCAGCCUGAACUACAGUUCUUCAGUGGGCACAGGGGAGCGUGGGAGCGGCCUGCGUUUGGCUCUGGAGCUCAGGCGAGUGAACCAGCUGGGGGGAUUCUUUGUGGCCGGCUGCCCUCUGCCUGAUGCCAAGAGGAAGAAAAUUGUGGAACUGGCCCUGUGUGGGCUGCGGGCUGCUGACAUCUCACACCAGCUGAAGGUCUCCAGUGGGUGCGUCAGCAAGAUUCUCACCCGCUACUACAAGGUGGGCCUUGUCCAGCCAAAGACCAGGGAAGGCAGCCGGCCCCAGAUCGCCACCCCUCAGCUGGUAGCUGUGAUUGCCCAACUGAAGCAGGAGCGGCCGUCCCUCUUUGCCUGGGAGAUCAGGGAAAAGCUGGAGGCAGCAGGCACCUGCGCUGCAAGCGGGAUACCCAGUAUCUCUUCCAUCAACCGCAUCCUGAGACGCCUGGAAGCCCCAGGUGGGUCCCCCUUCCUGAGGAAGCUCCCACAGCCAGGUCCCUUCCUGGCAGGAGGAGGGGAGAGGAAGGAUCCGGCAGAGGCUCCCACCUCCCCGUCUUCCUUGCAGUCAGCGGGGUUGACUGGGCUGCCCAGAACUCGGAGCAGGACUGUCUUCUCUAUGGAGCAGCUGCAGAGGCGACCAAGGUUGGAGACCCUGCCUUUAAGGCAUGGAAGAUACAGAAGGGAGAGAAAGAAGCUUGCAAGUGAGGCCAGUCACGAUCACAUUUCUGUGGGGCAAAGAGAGGUGUGGCCCCUGCAAAUCUCUGGCCUCGGACUUUGCUGCUGCUGGGCAGGAGGGCCCCUGCCUGCUUUGACCUGCUCAUUCCCUCUUUCAGCUUUCCAGAGAAGCCAAUACCCGGAAGCAGCCGCCCGGGAAGAACUGGCCGGGCAGUCUGGACUGCCUGAAGCCACCCUGAAGGUUUGGUUCUCUAAUCGGAGAGCGAGAGGGCGACGGGAAGCCCUGCGGGCACAGCACGCUGGCUCUGGGCCGGCAACCCCAGGUACUUACCUAGCGUGGGGCUGCGUGUGA